CCCCACCUCUCUCUCUCUCCCCCCACCUCUCCUCACACUCGCCUCGCCAUUAAAACGCAAAGCUCCAAAAACAAAACAACACACUUCGGGCAAGAAAAUCAUCUUAUCUGCUCCCUGAUCCCACCUUGAACCUUCCAUCUUGAACCAUCCCAGUCCGCAAAUUCCUAGCCCCCGAUCGCCCCCGGACUUUCCUGGAUUUUUUCCCAGAUUUUUCGAGGUAUUUUUCGUUGGGGGUCGGUUUCAUCGCCAUUCCUGGGCGGGGUUAGGGUUAGGGUUUGUGGGGAUGAGGGUGCACGGGGAGGUGUCGGAUGACGAGGCGGCUGCGGCUGCGGCUGCGGCGGGGGAGCCGGUGCCCUUGUCCCCGCCGCCCGCCCCUGCGGGGCAGCAGCGGCUGGUGGUGGGCUACGCCCUCACCAAGAAGAAGGUCAAGAGCUUCCUGCAGCCCAAGCUGCUCGCGCUCGCCAGGAAGAAAGAUAUUCAUUUCGUAUCAAUUGAUGAGACUCGUCCUCUCUCUGAACAAGGCCCGUUUGACAUUAUUUUGCACAAGCUUACUAGCAAGGAGUGGGAGCAAGUUCUGGAGGAUUAUCGUGAAGAGCAUCCAGAAGUGACUGUCCUCGAUCCACCAAAUGCUAUCCAGCAUUUGCACAAUCGCCAGUCCAUGCUUCAAGAAGUUGCUGAUCUGAACUUGUCCAAUGGCUAUGGCGAAGUUUGCACUCCACGACAGUUGGUCAUCAUGAAAGAUCCGUCUUCCAUACCUGAUGCAGUUGCCAAGGCUGGACUAACCUUGCCCUUGGUUGCCAAGCCAUUGGUUGUUGAUGGAACAUCAAAAUCUCAUGAGCUAUCUCUUGCAUAUGUGGAGGCAUCGCUGCCUUCGCUUGAUCCUCCUCUAGUUCUCCAGGAAUUUGUCAACCAUGGUGGGAUCCUAUUUAAGGUAUAUAUUGUUGGUGAAACUAUACGGGUUGUCCGUCGGUUUUCACUUCCUGAUGUUAACACAUAUGACUUGGGAAACAAUGAUGGCAUCUUUCGGUUUCCAAGAGUUUCCUGUGCUACAAAUAAUGCAGAAGAUGCAGAUGUUGACCCUUGUAUUGCAGAACUUCCUCCAACACCACUUCUAGAGAAACUCGGCAAGGAGCUUCGACGCCGACUGGGUCUUAGACUGUUUAACAUAGAUAUGAUUAGAGAACAUGGAAGAAAGGAUCGGUACUAUGUCAUUGACAUCAACUAUUUUCCUGGGUAUGGCAAGAUGCCAGGAUAUGAGCACAUAUUUACUGACUUCCUUCUAAGCCUCGUGCAAAGCAAAUACAAGAGGCUUUUAAGCGGGAGCUGAAGCAUUGCCAAGAUGGAGCCCAUUAACAGAUGCCAGCCAGCCAUGCAACAGUGGCAACUAAUAGAUUUUCCAGGUAGUACAUAGCAAUGGGAUGGUUGUUAGCCUUGACAGAGCAUGUGGGUGGGUGCAGUAUUAGAAAAAAGGUUUCUGGUCCUGUGCCCAACCUGUGUAGAUCGUUUAACUGAGUGCCUACCUUAAAUGCCAGGCGUCUUUGCAACAAGGUCCUCUUGAGAUGCAAGGCUUGCUUUCAUCCUUUACUAGAAAACUUGGGGCGUUGCCGCGCCAGCUUGGGCUGGCCCAGUGGAGGUCAAGUUUAGGAGCUCUUGCACUCCGUAAUGGUAAUUUAAUGGGGUCUCCUCUUUCAAACAUCAGAAGAAGGGGUGGUAGUAGCAUGGUAAAAGAUGAAGCUGCUUAAUCACAAACUUAUUUCCUUGUCCUACAACUUGCAAUAAUGCAUCAAAUAGAAGCAGCAGAAUAAAGCUAUGCGCGAGACAUGCCUGCGUGCCCCCAUGUUCAUAUUGUCUCUACCUCUCCAUCUGCCUGCUCGACUUUUGGCCCGGGCUGGCCCUCGGCUGCGGCUGCAGCGCCGCCCCUGGCUGCGCGCCCCCUCAGCGCAGCCAUCUGCCGUUGCUUCGCCGUGAAAUGGAAGCAGGCGGCGGCACAUGGCGACGAGGAGGGAGGAGGGUCGAGAUGGCAGGAGCAGCGGAGACCAAGUCUGCAGGGGAAGGUUCCAGACUCAUCUUUUGGUAUUAAACCAGGCUAUAGAUCGGAUGGUCAAGAAAUGUAGGCUAUGGACCGUCAGCUGAUUUCGUGGACGCAGUGGAUACCUCGAACGUCUUUCUGAACUUAGAAGAUAAAGGCAAACUGGACAACUCGUGGAUUCAGUUACGAGUUGCUACUGCGGGUUCCCCUUGAGACAUAGUUCCACUUUCCAGAAGCUUUUGAUCUGAUUGAAAAUUAUUA